AUGACACUCGACGAUUUCUUCACCUUAACCGAGAUGAAUAAUGGACUCACGGCCCCAUCUCGGGUUAAGGAACUCAUGGCCAUGAUGCAGAAAGAGAGAGAUUGUGAUGUGAAAACUGCAGCCGACUCGACAAGGCAGAGGUCUGCUGUAGCAAGUGUUUUAUCGUCAACCGAAAAUAAAGAAUGUCUUGAUCUUUUUCUUCAGUUGGAUGGCCUUCACUACAUUUCUAACUGGUUAAAAGAUGCCCAGACAUCAAGUAAAGACACAAACGACAUCUUUUUGGAAGAACACAUCACUCAUUUGUUGCAAGCACUUGAAAAACUGAACGUAGACUGUGAAAAAAUAAUCGCUUCCGAAAUUCGGACAGUAGUCGAGGAUUUCCUCGAUUACAACAGUCGCCAAGUUCAGGAUAAAGCCGAAGCGUUGCUUGAAAGCUGGAAAACAAAAGGAGGCAGUGAUGAUGCAUUUCCUUUGGUUGUUGAUAAAGCCGGAAGUUUAACAGAUGAUGAGGCAAAAGAUAUUAUUGGUUGUUCAGACUCUUCUUUAAAUAAUAUCGUACACGAAAUAACCAGAGAUGAUAAGGUGUUAUCUACGAGUUCAGAUGUUGUCCUCAGCCAUGACCAAAUCGAAAACACCACUCACGAGUCGAAAAAGAUCUCAGAUGAGAAGCCUCUCGACCAUCAUGUUAGUUUGCCAUCAUCGCCCAAGGAUUUUCAUGCCCAGGGAUCAAACCAGUCCGAGGACGUAACCGAACCGAGUCCUCGGAAAAACUCUAGUGAGGGCUUAUCACGUGUCGAUUCUGAUGAAGAGGAUGAAGGGUUUUGUGCAAUUGAUGCAAAUCAGUACAGAGAUUCGAGUGAUUCCAUACCUAAAGAAGGUGGUGGUGAUAUCAACCAUUGCAGUUUGCCAGAAUCCUCCAAGACAAUAAGCUGGGGAAAUUUCCUUUCAGGGAUUAGUAAUUUCGUGAAAACAAAUGAUUUAGCAGAUAACCAUAGUCCCGCCAAGAAGCUGACGGAUAGGGAAGAAUACGACCGGGCCACCAAAAGGCCCGAUGUGGAAAUAGACUAUGGUAUUGUGGAUCCUCUGGAAGUCGCUCGGCAGGUAGCAAUGGAGGUAGAGAGAGAAAUCGUGGAUUACAGGGAAAAUAGCUUUAGUUCCACUGAGAAAUUACCAGGAAGCAACAAAAGUUCACGGCGGGUUGACAGCCCGGACUCAGUGAGUGGUAAAAACUCCAAAUCGCCCAUGAACAAGGCUGAAGAAAAGUCCAGUUCGUCCAACGAGUCCUCAACUAGCUCUGAGAAUCCUAACACAGAUGGCACUCAAGACGUGGCAACUUCACAAGUAACAGAGGCAGCAGUAGCUCAAGAAGAAGCCAACACCAUGGAAGAAAAAGUCGCUCGUAAUUUUUUCGACCUGAAUCAAGAAGUAACAAUGUUAGACGACUGUGGUGAUGCUGAUGCUCAUCUCGAAAAUCAAUUCUCAUCUGCAGUCUCUGUAGUUUCUGCUUCCAGAGCAACCCCAUCGGCAUCUAAGCCGCCCGGUGGCCCUUUAGAGUUCGAGGGGAAUCUCGGAUGGAAAGGAACGGCCCGCACGAGCGCCUUCCGACCUGCUUCUCCUCGUCGGGCCGCUCCCGAGGGGGAGCGAAAGCUCGAUUUCGAUCUGAAUGUGAGCGAGAGCAUUGACGAAUCUUCUGCAGAGGCAAACUCCAAAAUAACCGGGCUUCUCGAGCUGGACCUGAACCGCACAAGCGAAGAUAGCAGCGGUGGGCCUGUUUUGGAUUGGCGGAUAGGCUCGUUUUACCCACAGCAGUCGCCACCAGUUCAGCAGCCCACAACAAGGGGUAUCGAUCUUAACGAUCGGCCUUCGUUUUUUGCUAAUGUGUCUUCUGAUAAUAAUAGUUCCUAUAUAAUAAGCAAGUCAUCUCAAAAUCAAAAUCUCUGUGACCCUGCAAUAUCUUUAAUGGGUAAAAAGGUGGAGAUCGAGCAGAGGGAUUUUUUCGCUACCCAAACUAUGCCCUCUCAUCAAAACGGACGAAAUUCAGGGGCCGGAUUCGAUUAUAACAUGGGAAGGAUGGGAAAUUUUAUCGGGAUUGGGCCUGCUGUCCCGUAUGCCCAUUCUCCUGUUUACGGCUACAGUAACGUCCCGCCCGGGCCCACCAUGCCGUUUUCUGGCCAGGUUUACGGUCCCGGGCCUCAUUCCAUUCCUUACAUGAUGGGCUCGGCCUCUGGUUUGCCUGCUGCUUCUUUCUCUCAAACACCGUUUCUUGUGAACAUGAACGGGCCAGCUAUGGCUCCGAACGGGGUCGAGCCAUCAAGAAGCAAUUAUGAUCUUAACUCUGGGAUGUUCUCGGAAAGUGGAAGUAGAGAUCCAUCUGGGCUUGGGCUGUUCUUGAACUCGACCAAUGUCAGGCCCGUUGAAGGGCCCACUCCUCCUCAAGGCACCAUGGGCUCAUCCUUUGGUGCCAAGCGAAAAGAACCUGAAAACGGGUAUAACGAUCAAUAUUAUCCUUUUAAGCAUUUUAUGCCGCAUUGGAAACAGAGUUGA